UGGAUGUUGUUGGCCCAUCUGGCACAUCCGAUAGGAUAUCGCUGGAGAACUUUUACUUUUCGUGCGUGACAAAGUGCAUCCUCCCCGCCUCUUUGCUUGGGAUGGAUUCGAAUGCCAAUCGCCCCGUCCACCAGCUAGCUAGCUAGCUAGCUAGUUAGGUUCCGGUUUGGGUUCAGUCGGAGCCUGGAGAUCGUCGCGUGUGGAUGUUGUUAGUUUUAUAAACUUCUGGUCGUCUUGUCGCCAAUCCAAGAGUGAUGGUGUAGAGUGAUUUCGAGUUCGGAAUGUUCAAAUCGGAUGCUGUGCUGAUUUCAAUUGGAUUUUAAUGUGGAUGCGGUUUGCUUAAAGGAAAUUUGAUGAAGGUCUCUCUGGAGCCACCCCGGGUGAAAUUUUGGUGUGGUUUUGGAGCAUUUUCGAGGUUUAUCGAUCAACGCCAGCAGCAGCAGUUGGCAAGAAAAUAUAGUAAAGUGAUUUUCCUCUAGAAUGGCGGAAGGGAUAGGUCAAAUUCCCUCGAGGGCAACCUGGUACGCAGUGAAGACCGCAUUGAGGCAAUGAGCCAUCCGAAAAUAAAAAUGGGUCCAUUUUCACUAGAUGUAACAUUGCUAUCACACCAGCUUCAGUAGGAUAAACCAAAGAAGAAAAAAAAAUUAAGAAAACAAGAUAAUUGAGAUGUGUCGUACUAAAAAAAGUGAUUCGGAUUAAUUUACCCGAGAGUUAGUUUGAAUGGUAUCUAAUUCCAGCUCAGCCAAUUUAUCAACUUGUUAAACAACAUACUUUUCGACGGGCCAAACAGCCCUCGUAGGGCCCUUAAAUUCUGCGCCGUUACCGUGAAGAGGACGCAUCCUACAGCGUAAUUGGAAAAGUUUUCUGUUCUGUUUGCUCAACGGUACAAAUUAAUCCACUUGGCAGUGGGAAAAAGUGAUACACCUACCUACUACAGCUAAGUUGGUAACAAAAGUAGCAGAGCAGUAAGAAGCAAGAAACAACGUACGCUGACAUCGUGGCGUUGAAAGAUCCAAGGACUCAGCCUCGCUGGAUACGCCUGAUAAAUUCUCGUCGGAGAACGACCACUUCGCAUAUGACCAAAGCUAGAGCCAUGCCAAAAGGAGUUGACUAUCGGACUUUGAUGGCCCGCGGCAGUGCAUCGGGAAGCACUCGUAGCCUGAGGAUUCCCUCAAGAAAAGCUCGCUGCAAGUUGGCCAUCAUAUUGGCAACCAUAUUGCUGGUGUUCCUGUAUACCAUUAGUUUACCUUGGCUGAUGUACGGUGACGGUUCCGGGGCACACUACGUACACGAGACGUUUCUAACCGGAGACGACGAGCAGUAUUUCAACUACAACAAUUCGUAUUUCGUCAACACCAAGGGCUGUAAGAUGCCCAGUCUUCCGAUAGUGGACUCGUACAUCGAAAAGUACUUGAAAAAGGAAGACCCCCUGAAUUGCACUCCACCGCUGCUGGAAUCGGACAGCAGUUCGGUUUGGUUUCAUCUGACCGACGAAGAGGCCGACAAGUACUACGGUGUUCAGAACGCUAGCCUGAUCACUUGUUGCGGUCUUCCGUUCGAGCGGAAAAACAACGACGUGGACCAAUUCAUCGAACCGGACAGCUGCUUUCGAUACGGCGAACGAAUGCUGGUGGAACACGAGUUCAUCAUCGUUGUUUGCAACCAUCCUAGCAAACCCAUUUUUUAUAAGGAUUUUUUCGUAUUUGUACCACUGAAACCGGCCGUUGAGCAACGCGCUGAACGAGCCUUUGACAAAUUUAAGGCCAAAACAGGUGGUGUGGCGGAGCAACUCAACAUUGUGAUCCUGGGUCUCGACAGUGUAUCGAGACUGAACUUCCAUCGCCAAAUGCCACUGACGGCAGAAUUUGUGAUAGAUAAAGUGAAAGGCGUGGAAAUGUUCGGGUACAACAAGGUUGCCGACAACACCUACCCCAACCUGGUGCCGAUGCUCACUGGGCUGGAUGUCGACGAGUUGGCAGCCGUUUGUCUUCCAAAUUCUGUUUCAAAUAGUACCUUCGAUUUGUGUCCGUUCAUUUGGAAGCGGUUUGCGGAGGCAGGUUACAGAACCUUCUACGCCGAGGAUAUCAGCGGACUGGAAACAUUCAAUUACCUCCGGAAAGGGUUCAGCAGUCAACCAACGGACUACUAUCUGCGAAGUUUUUUCAAACGAGCAGAAAGCAAUAUCGGUUACAAUAAGUUUUUGAACGCGAAGUUGUGUCUUGGGGGUCGCAAUCCUACACAAAUACUAGCCGAAUACGGGUCUAAGAUGGUGUCAUCGAUGAAAAAUCGAUUGAUAUUUGCGUUGCUUUGGGGAUGCGCCAUGACCCACGAUUCGCUAAACCAUCCAGCUUUGAUAGAUAAUUCGUACAGACAGCUGCUGGAAAACAUGGAACAGGAAGGGUUUCUGGAUAGAUCGGUGGUAAUAUUGGUGAGUGAUCAUGGAAUCCGAUGGGGAAGCUUCAGGAACACAUAUCAAGGAAUGAUGGAAGAACGCCAACCAAUGCUGUUUUUUAUGCUACCGAAAUGGUUCCAAGCCAAAUAUCCGGAGGCUUAUGCAAAUAUCCGCAAAAACCGUCAACGACUGACAUCGCAUUUCGAUUUUUUUGAAACACUGAAAGACUUUCUAGGUAUGUCUUCGUUGUCUCACAAAUAUCUUAAGCAGCGCAUGUAUGAAAUACAGGAAUCGAAACCAGUUCCACGUGGUAUCAGCUUGUUUUUGCCGAUUUCUGAUAACCGAACGUGUGAGGAUGCUGGGAUUGUUGCCCAUUGGUGCACCUGUCACGAUCAUAGACCAAUUCCAACCAACGAUCAUCGAGUCAUAGCUGCUACCAGAUAUACCAUAAACCAUCUGAACCAAAAGUUGAAGAAAUAUCCACAGUGCGGAACGUUGUAUCUGCAUGCUAUUGUGGACUCUCGGAUAGGAGUAUCUGCAGAUGCGAUACUCUCCAAGAAACCGGCGAACCAAUUCAGUGAUAUCAGUAUACGCUUCGUGACGAGACCCGGCGGAGCCGAAAUGGAAGCAACGGUCAGAAUAAACUCCAACAAUCGCACAACUCUGACCGGAAGUGUGAGUCGAACAAAUCGAUACGGAAGCCAGAGCUACUGCGUUGACGAUUUCCUGAUGAAGUUAUACUGUUACUGCACCCGAUAAUGGCUGAUCCCGUUCGGAUCAACUGUUUAGGAGCAUUUUGUAACGUGAAGCAAUUUUUUGUAUGUUUCAGAAAACUAGUGAGAAAGUUCGUUUUCCUAUAGAACACCGCGGAGUAAUAGAGUAGAAAUAAGUUAUUGUAUGUAUAUUCAUCUAAUCAGUUUUCUAUCGGAAUGAUUGAGAACCUGGAACAAUAGUGUUCUGUCGAGUGGAAGAGCUUAUUGUUGAUUCGAAUUUUUAAUUGGGACAUUGCAAUUUGU